UUUCACGAGUUUUUGUGUUAAAUAAAAUCUUUAUUGUACAAAUAUUGCCUUAAAAUUCGGUUUUCAAGAUCAUGUGUAAAGCGGAAUUAACCUUCUUAGUACUAACUUUAUUCUCGGCCACCUUUGUCGAUGCGGAAACCUACAGCCUAAAAACAUACACAACGUGGCGUCAGAGAGCAAAGUGUCGAUUUAAAUGCGGUGUCCCCAUUAUUAUUCACCCAAUUUGUGCAUAUGAUCAUGGCCAAUACGUGACUUAUUCUGCAUCGUCAUUCACUUGCUACAAAAGAAGGUGCAAUUUAGCUGGACCAUCCUUAAAAUACAAACAUGCGGGAGAAUGCAAUUCUCAAUCUGGUCAAACACAGGACAAUCAUUCUGCAAGGCUUGCGCCUAAUGAUAAUGUUGGAGUAGCCGCGAUGGCCGCUUAAGCAUUAUAUAUAUAUAUAUAUAUAUAUAUAUAUAUGUGUGUGUGUGUGUGUGUGUAAAUUUAAAUGAUUUAUGACCUAUAUGUCAGGCGGUCCAGAAUAAUAAGGAAACAUAUUUUUAUCCGGGACAAUGAAA